GAAUCGAUCCUUUUGAUACAAUGCCAGUAUCGAAAAAAUCGAUACUUUGGGAUCGAUCCGCCCAUGGCUAGUAGCCAAUAGUCUUUUAUAACAACCGACAUCGCAAAUCCAACUGAACCCGCAACGUUGGAAGAUGGACCGUAUCUGCAGCAUGAUGCUGUUCAUGGUUCUCUGCUCCCAGUCGUCUGCGGGAGAGUCUCAGCUGAUUGGUUCAUCUGACCGCAUUGUUGCUGUAGAGGGUGAUGAUGUCAUCCUGCCGUGUUCCCUGGAACCUUCCGUCAAUGCAGAGUUCCUGACAGUGGAGUGGACCAGACCUGACAUGGAACCUACUGCUGUACAUUUAUACAAGGAUGGCCGUAACAAUAAUGACGACCAGAAGGAGUCUUACAAAGACAGGACCAUGCUGUUUGAAGGAGAACUGGUCAGGGGCAACGUCUCCCUGAAACUGUCCAGAGUGAAGCUGGAGGAUGAGGGGAGCUACACCUGCCGUGUUGGCCAGGUUAGGACGACUGUCAUCCAGCUCAGUGUUGAUUCAUCUUUUCCCCCGACAGAUAAAUGGUCCAUUGGUAAAACAGUUGGAGUUGGAGCUGGAGUUGGAGCUUUCGUGGGCGUGGCACUAGUAGUAGGAGUAGUAUUGUGGAAGAAAUGUACAGCAGGCAGUAAAGAUGUUCGUGAUUCUAAACCUGAACCUUUCGCAACAAGAAAGAGGAGGAGGACAAGGCUAGGCCAGUAGAAAUCAUACUGAUAUCAGGUAAUGUAAGUGUGUGUGUGUGUCCCAGGGGUGGUUUUAGGCACGGGACGACCGGGCAGCCUCCGGGGGCGCCACGAAGUUGGGGGCGGCAUUUUCCGCAAUUUGUGUGUUUGGCGCCCUCUGCUGGCCAGAAAAAGAUAUAGCGGUUGUGGUCGUGCCACUCGUUACUCGUGUACUCUGAUGGGGCGUGUACUCACAACACCCACUAUCCACCCCAGCCUCACUCACAACACCCACUAUCCACCCAGCCUCACUCACAACACCCAC